UUCGUGCUGCAUCCGUAUAGCAAUGUGCGAAGCGAGAACUCGUAAAGCGGCACCUGCCAUACAAGAAAUGCUCGCCGUCUACGAAAACGUCGAGGCGGGCACCGUGGAGGUGGCCAGCGAGAACCUCGGUCCGGACUUGGUUUUCGAGCUGGGUGCGGACACGGACAUGGUGCAGGAAGGGGCGGGCGCCGUCGGAGACGGUCUGAUCGCUCCCCGACGGUUGAACAACCCCUGCUUAGAGAGUCCCGUAAGAAUGGACCUGCAUAGAGAGCUGCUCUUCAAUCAGAGGAUAGGCAAAAAUGUUCUGAAUCAGAAGAGCGAACUGGAAAAGGCCCUUUCAAAACACAAAGAGAAGCAACUCAUGAACCAAGUAAAGGAGCACAGGGAAACUCCAGAACUAGAAAGGGCAAUAGCAGAACGAGCUCGCCGCUUGGAGCAAGCGGAACAGAGCCACGAGGAAAUAGACCCGGCGACGAACCCGACAUUGCAAGAAGUGCGUGCAAGGCUUCGACACGCCGCUCCACCAUCCCCAGCCGCGUCUGCGCACUAAUUGAGUGAAUUUGAAUGUGGAAUACGGAACGUUUUCGUUGAAAAACUAUAUCUUGAAUUUGGAAUUGAGAGGUUUGAAUUUGGAAUAAAGCCAACUAUUCAUGAUAGAAAUGGAUUAUGAAUGAAUUUGGAACUUUUACGCUGAAUAACUAUAGCUUGAUCUUGGAAUUGAGGUUUGAAUUUGGAAUAAGAUCGGCCAUUCAUGGAAGGCUCUGCUCGCGGUACGUGUAGUAUCUGUCGCAGUCUAAAACAUUUAUUUAUUCAAUUAGACUUCUAGAAGCACUUUUGAAUAGUUAUAACAUAAUUUUAACAUUUACCGGUAGAUUUUAAUGGUAGGCGCUAGUCGUCAACCAGAUGACGGCGACAUAAUUAUCUAUCGCGAUUCAGGAGUAUAUUAUGUACUGCGAGCCGAGCCAUACUCACCUGUGGUCGAAUAUAUUAAAGUCUCACUAGUCGUGAGCCGCAAAACGAAAAGAAUACAUUUGACACAGUGUGAAUAUUCACACGUAGAUUAGUCCAGCGACAAAUCGGGCGUAGGCUGAAUGGUAGUCAUAAAGUCUAUCCAUAUUAUGAAUUUGAAUUUCGAGAUUUUUAUUUGAAACUAGCGGUCCGCCCCGGCUUCGCCCGUGGUACAUAUUUACGUUUUCUCUCCAUAAGAACCACCCUCAUACUUCAAGGAAUAUUUAAAAAAAAUUAACGAAAUCCGUUCAGCCGUUCUUGAGUUAUGCGCUUACCAACACAUUUUGCGAUUCAUUUUUAUAUUAUAGAAGUAACUCACGAUUGCAAAACGAUUUUCAAAUUUAAGGACAUAACUGAGCGACAAUCUUGUGUUUUCUUACGUUAAUUCGUUAUAAAGAAUGGUACAUUUGAUGUGAAGGCAAAAGAAGUAAUAGCAGAAAAUAUUCCAACAAGUUUCAUUCGGCUACAACGUCUGUGAGAAUGGUUGCGCGGAUAAUAUCUCAAGGGAUACAAGUUUAUCCAUCAACUGAAAGUAAAGGGCUGAAAUGGCUAAGUUAAAAUUCAUUUACCCUGUUUUGUCUCUAGGGAAUGAAGAAGGAAUGUUAAAUUAUAAUCAUAGAAGCGACAUAUUGUCCGUAAAUGGUGAUGAAUUUUCACACACUAAACUGAUAAUAAAACAAGUUCAUAAUUUCAGUAUGGAACCUUCUAGAACUUUCCAUCUUAGAGUAAUCAGUAAGUAUGUGACUUGUUGUAUGAGAUAUAGUUAUUCAGCGAAAACGUAGUUAGAGCAUUGAUAUUAUCCUGAGAAAAGAUAUUUCAGAGAAUUCUGCUUAGCGUAGAAUCUUUAAAAUCUCCUUAAAUUCCUUGAUACUGGUAAUAACCAGUCCUUGAUGAAUUGUAUUACCAAAGUUAGGAAGAUAUUGAUUGUACUUAGUUUGUCAAAAUAAUUGUAUAAAAAAAGAAACAAAAUUUUUAUUGACGUAUGUAGUACAUAUAGAGAGAAUCUUAAAUACAAAAAUUUCGAUUAAUAAUAUACAGUUAUUUUGACAAAAUGGCCAAAAAGAACCCAGAGUUAGGGACAUAAAGAACGCUCUGUCCUGAAAAUAAUGGAAGUUUUAUACAUUUUGAAUUAAAAACGUUUUCGAUUACAUUUUUAUUAAAAUCAAUGAAAAAUAAGAAUGCUUAAAAACAACGGAUUUUCAGGCCGAAUAUGAAUACAUAAUAUUAUGUAUAGUAUUUCAUAGAGAAAUGUCUAUGAUAAUCCUAUAUUUAAACAUGUUUGGUAGAAUAUAACCAAAAACGUUUGUAAGGCUGGUUGCAGAACUUGACCGACCAUCAGUGCGUACGUCGGUCGCGCUUGUCAUAUGUAUGGAAAUUCAUAAAACCGUUCAUAGCUAGACACACGCGUAUUGUCAUGCGCAUUAGUGUCAUAGUCAUACACAUUGUUGAUGCGUUUCUUAGGACCGACGGUAUGCACUGACGGUCGGUCAAGCUCUGCAACCAGCCUAAAUGCGCAGUUGAAUGGUCUGCAGGACAGACUUGACAUUGACGUUGACACAAAAAAUGUGGUAUAUUUGUACGAAAGAAUAGGAUUUUGCGUGUCAUUCUUAUAAUAAUUAUUAUAGCCAUAACCCCGUUUAUCAAAUCAAUCGUAGAAAUUAUAGAGUAUAACUCGUUUUUGUCUUCAAGAAUUAAUAAUUAUAAAAAUAGAUAUUUCUCCGGUUUUGUCAAAGUAUAUUAAUGUUUCGUAUAAUAUUGUAUACAGCGCCAUCUAUUACAUACGUAAUACUUUAUAACGGCCUCGAGUUUUAAAAGUAUAGUCCGAACGACUGGUCUUGGAACUUAGCGCGCUGUAGUAUUGCCAAUUAUUUUAAUAAAAAUCAUUUUUUGAUUAUGAAGGUUACAAUAGAUAAGUGUAUUUUUCUAUUUUGUGUAUUUCUUAUAACUUAAUAUAUUUCUCAAAUAGUUUUUUAAAGCUUAGUAUAAUUGUUAUUAUACGAUGGCAACUCAUACAUAUUUUUUUAGUGUUUCAAAGAUUAGUUGGUCGGAUUAUUACUUUAUGGAUAUUUCAUUUAACUAUUAUGUAUAGAAUUGUAUAGUUCUAAAAAGAAAUAUGGCCUCAAAAAAAAAACACUUCAUUAAACUAAUUGACGUGUUGAAUUUCGUGAAUGACAUACAGAUAGUGUAUUCUAUUGGAAAAAAUGUAAUUAAUUCGUUUAUUUAGAGUGAGUAUGCGAUGCAAGAAAGGCUUUGAAUGCGAGGCUUAUUUGUUUAUUUCUAUUGUAGAUAGUUAAAGGAGCCCGGGGUUUAUUGUUUGUCAACGAACUAAGUCACUAAAAGUGUCACAAAUGUAUCAUUUUUGUAUAAUGUAUAAGUACUCGUUUAACCGCGUCUUAUGACUUCCUUAUUUUAUCGUUUAGUGAGUUAAAUGUAUGUUUAAUUAAGAAUAAUUUAAUGUGAAAUUUACUUAUGUUGUUACCAAAUAAUACUUAUAUCCUCUAUGCGGAUGUAAUUGUAACGUUAUUAUUAUUGACUGAGGAAUCGACUGCUUGAGCUGUAACAAUAAGGGUAAACGUCGACUUCUAGAGAAAGAAAUAUUUUUCUAAACCUUUAUAAUCACAUACCAUUUCUUAGAAUUUUUUUUCAUGUGCAUGUUCGUACUUGUUGAGCACUUGGUAAUCGUAAGGACUUCGCAUUUAUUACGUGUAAAAUAAAUUGAUUAAUUUACCUGUCUUUUUUGAAAUUAAUAGAGAACAUAUUAUAGGUUGUUUUGGAUUUUUGGCUUAUCUCAAAGCGCCAUCUAUUUAUUGAUUUUAACUACAUAUGUAUUAAUAUAUCUGCGUAAUAAAUACGAAGUGCGUACAUUUAGGGUCUAUCACUAUGAAUAGGUAUCUAUCUAUUGAAGUAUUUUACGUAGAAACAUUUGAUAAAAUAAUUAUAGAAAGUAGAAUUGUUGAACUGCGGACGUACGGUUAGAGUUUUAUUUACAUAACGGUAUAAUGUAUUUUGAAAUAAUGUAGAAGUCUUAUGAUAAAAUACUUUUUAAUCUUUAAAACAUAACAUAUAUUUUCCCAUACCAUAUAAAAUAUUUUAUAUAACAUUCAUAUUCAAAUGUUAUUCCGAGUAAGUACCCCAAAUGUAGUGUGACCAAUAUGUUUGAUAUCGAAGUGUUCAUGAAAGUGAUAGAAUGAAAAGAUAUUUUUGUAUUUUUAUGUAAAACCUAGAAAUCCUAUAUUUCCUUAAAUUCCUAUUAAUGGUAGCGAUUUCGAGUAAUAAAAUUCAUAGAUUUUAGAUGUUCAUUUUUAAUAAUCAUGUAAGUCGGGUAGUGAUUUUAUCUUCACAUUCAAACUACGUUCUUAAAUAAUAGUUCAAUAUUUCUAAGAAUAAUAAACCGUAUGCCUAAAUGUAAGAGAAUCAUAAUUUCAAAAGUAAAUUAUUAUUGAGAAUCUCCGAAUGUAUAUUUAAUAUGGAUUUGAGUUAUAAUACUGUUAACUUUAAUUUAGAUGUCUAGUCUCACUAGAAAGAGUUCAUAUUUAAAUAACCAGGCUAUUCUGAAUAAUUAAACAAAAACGUUUCUUUCUCCAUUGUGCCUAUUAGUGAUUAUUGUUAAUUAUUUUCAGAGUAUGAAUUUUAUUGAUGGUUGUAAAUUAGUAUAUUAUAAUGAAAAGGACGACGAUUCUCACGAUUACUGAAUUGAUCAUCAUUCCACUCGUUAAUCCUUCCACUUCUGUUUCCUUCCAACAGCUUUGAAUUCAUGUUUUAUUGUGUUAUGAACAAAAUAUGAUAAUUUAGUACAAAGUGGCAUCUUCAUGUGAGGUUUGAGUUAGCUUCAGCUUGCGGAGCUGUUUGUAUCGUGGCCAUUUUUAUUUGUUAUUACGUGACUAAUGUAGACUUUAAGACCUUUUUGUAAUAAAGUUAAAUCGGUGGUAAUUGAUAAAUACCAAUAAAAGUGUUUUAGCA